AUGCAGUCGGUACAGGAUCAACAGAGUAUUAUCAGGAAGGUGCGCGAGGUGCUGGAGAAGUAUGAGCCGAGGCUUGGCGAGAUUAACCAGAAAAUUUGGUCUAAUCCUGAACUCGCUUUUCAAGAACACGAUGCCCAUGAUAACAUCUGCGCAUUCUUCGACUCUCUCGCUGCAGAGGGCUAUGCAGUGAAGCGCCACGCCUACGGUGUCAAAACUGCUUUCGAAGUGAGCUACACCCAUGGUAAAGCCGGUCGCGUAGUGGCCUUCAAUGCGGAGUAUGAUGCGUUACCGGGUAUGGGGCACGCCUGCGGACACAACCUGAUUGCGACGAGCGCGAUUGCUUCUUGCUUGGCUACAACCGAAGCAAUGAAGACUCUCUACUCAGAUAGCAUCGGGUUCACCGUCCGUUUACUGGGUACCCCAGCCGAGGAAGGUGGUGGUGGAAAACUACAGCUUAUUGAAGCGGGCGCGUACAAAGACGUUGAUGCCUGUUUCAUGGUUCAUCCUUUUCCAAUCCUAGCUGGUGCACCGGAUCUGUUGAGUUCUGGUUCGGACUCUACUCAAUACCUUGCGAAUAAUAAGGUCGAGGUGACUUAUACGGGAAAACCAGCACAUGCAUCUGCUGCGCCUUGGGAAGGUGUUAAUGCCUUGGAUGCCGUUGUCUCGGCCUAUGUGAAUAUCUCCAUGUUGCGACAGCAGAUCCUUCCUACGCAGAAGAUCCAUGGUGUUGUCUUGAGGGGCGGGGAGAGACCGAAUGUUAUUCCUGCUUCUACUACCGUGGAGUAUUAUGUUCGGUCGCCGACGAAGAAGACGCUGGAACCAUUGACAGAACGGGUAUUAAAGUGUUUUGAUGCAGCUGCCGCUGCCACUGGAUGUGACGUGGAGUAUAAGUGGGAGCCUUCGUAUUUGGAUAUGAAGGUUAACAAGCCUAUUUGUGAUAGUUAUACUUCGGCUAUGAAUGCUAUGGGAUACAAGACUAUCUCCGAUGCGGCGGGGCAGGAAGGUGGAUUGAGUGGAGGAUCUACAGAUAUGGGUAACGUGUCCUAUGAGGUCCCUGGAUUCCACGGCGGAUUCUAUAUAAAGUCAGAUGGAGUCAACCACACACCACAAUUUACUGCGGGCGCAGGUUCUGAGGAAGGUUUUAAGCGCAGUCUGUGUUGUGCUGCUGGUAUGGCUGUAGUGGGGUGUCGCGUGUUGGCUGAUGAUAGGUUCGCAAAGGCCAUUAAGGCUGACUUUGAGAAAGCUGCAUAG